UGAAUAAAACUUUACUGUACGCACUUUCAGAAUAUGAAGUCUUGAGAUGUGUAAUAAUCAAAGACGAUGUCAGUGUGGAUAAAUGAGAGAACCUUCAUGAGCCUUGCGAUGAGACACCGGAUGGAACCUUCAGGAAUGUCUUAAAUUCCUACUCGGAAAGGCUUCCUGUUAACCCACAUUUUACCCUUUCGUCAUGAUGUACGUUAAUAAGAUGCUGAAGCCGCAGUGACGCUUAAACGUGACAGAUCUUCCGAUCUGUCGUAAAAAAAAGAGGAUGGAAUUCCUGACCAACCCUUGGAAGGGGCGGCAGAAGGCGUCCUCUUCCAUCCUACCCAAGAGAAAUGGCACAAGAGAUGGCACGGACGCGUUGUCCAAGAUCGUCGCCAGUGUGGCCAACAAGAGCAUUCAGAAUAUGCCGUGUUCGGGGCAAAGCAAGGAGUUUCUGACGAGUGGAAUGCUGCCGAUUCGACACGAGAUGGCGCCACCGCACACGGGAUUGAUUCCAAUUUCAGUUCCGGUGCCAGCGAGUUGCGUGACGCCGAGGCUUCUCCCGGAAAACAACUCGCCUGAUCGGACUAAAACGCAGUUCAUGUUUGCCGUGGCCCUUUCAAUGGAACAAACUGAAGAUGCCAAUGGAGCAACGCGGGAAACCUUCGCUUUGACCACGACACUAAAGGAAUCCUUCGGCAAAUACCUGGCUCUUCCCUUCCGCCGCGCUUCUUCCACCACGGCGACCCGUUCGAAUAAUAUUCGGAGAAUCGAUUCCGGCCACCCUAAGAAACCCAAGCUCACCCACCGAAGCACCUCGGACACUUUCACCAAGAAACUAGCUCCGAAUCGCGAUCGUCGAUCAUUGAAGCAAAAACUUCUUGUCGAUAAGAAAGAGAGUGUCGUUAGGAAGGAAUCCGUCGCUAAAACGGUGCCUUCGCCGCCGCCGCCGCCACCACCACUGCCGCCGCAAGAUUUCGGUUGGAUGAAGCCGAAACACAAGAAACUUCCAGUGGUUCAUCCAGCCAAGGGUGCGAAGGUGGUGGAACGAAAAGAGCCCAUGUGUUUUGAUGACGAGCUGAUCAAGAAUGUGCCUUUGUUGGAGCCUUUUGCUGUAUCAGAGGGGGAUCCAUUCCACUACCAAAUCUUAGGUAUGCAAGAUGCUCUGAUGGACAUCACGGAAGAAAUCGGGAGAAUUUUCGGACGUGAAAGCUUGACCAUUGAGAUCGUGAAAGCCGAAGACUCCGUUCAACGUUCCAUCCUUAUUUCGAAAAUGCAAGAGAAGAAUCAAAAAGAUUUGAAUCGCAUGUCGAAGUCCCUCGAACUUUUCAGAUGGCUUCUGAUACAGAUUUUGACAAAGAAGUACCGUGAUUCGAAUCAAAAGCUGGAGAGGUCCUUCGACAAGUACGAGAUCACAUCUUUAGCACAGUGGUUUAGGUUGGCGUCCAUUUCCGAAGUUUUGAUCGACCACUGCGGACGUAAUCGGGAUUCGUAUUCCUCUCAGCUCGAAAACUUGCUGAAGUUCGUGAACGAGAAGCUGGGUCAUCCUGGGCUUUCGCAAACCCAGGGACGAUCUUGGAACAGCACCGGGAUCCCUAAAAUCGGAUUCAUGUCCGUGGGAAGUUUGAAGAAGAACGCCGUGCUUGAGAAGAUGUCUGGCGGAAAUGUGAAAGCGCCCCUCAGUCGUAUUGUCCGUAUGUCGGGGUCCCACUUAUGUCAGUUAUUUGCUCACCUUGGGCUCUCCUUGAGCAACGAGACACGUUCUGAUCAGAUCCAAGGGGAACGUCAAAGUAGUGGCUGUCACGCCGGCGCAAACCCCACAAAAGAAAUGCAAAAUAUGCCCGUGGUGGUGACCCGAGUGCCCCGAUCCAGGGGCGUCCAACAGCCACGCGAUUUUCGUGAACAGCUCAAAAGACUCACACCUACUCUAGAAAUAAUCAAGGUCGUGCCCAAGUGGGACAACCCUCGUAGAUAUCUUUGCACCGCCUCUUCAAUCCUGAUAUCGCGCAGAGCAGGAGGCGCUCAGAUCCCCAAGAAACCCAACAAAAACACAACUACCACCACCACCGCCGAGGAAGUGAAGUCUGUGCCUCAGUUCUCACAGAGCUUUGCAGCGACCAUCGCAAAACCCGAAGAGAACCUGGCAAAUGUUCGCGACGCAUGUCUCGGGGAACUGGUUGGUGCCAUCAAGGAUCGAGCUGCUCGACUAGCUGCCGCAGGAUGCUUCGACGCCGGGGACAACGCCAUUUCUCAAUCUUGCGUGGCAGCCAUUUCUGGAAACGUUUCUGCGCCGGUUCUGUAGGAUGGACGCACUGACCAUCGAACGCAUUUUAGCUUAUUUUUCUUCAAGGGAAAAUUCGAUGAAAAAAUAUUUAAUUAGCUUCACUUAUCUUCAUUCCUCUAAAUUCUAAAACAUCCUCUUUUCAAUGAAAUACCACGACUUGGAAUCCUACACGGCGCAAGAACAUCUCAGCGAUGGCGACAAUAGCGGCAAGAAGCAAAUCAACGGAGGCGCGAAACCGAAUUUUGAAAGUGAAAUACAGUAUAUGCGAAAAACUAGGUAAAAGGGUUUAGGGAAAUCCCUCCAAUGAUAGAUGCUUUACAGAAAUUUGUACUUGAUGAUAUUCUGGGCUUUAAAUUGUUUUUUAAAUGAGUUGACAAGAUGCUGAACUUGGAGGCAAGGAUUAAUUGUCCCAAAUAGUCUUUCAUUUACUUUCAAAAUGCAUCAAGUUAUACAGUACUGUAUUUUCAUCAGUUAUCUCUUUCCCGUGUCAAAAUACUGUAACAGCCAAAAGGCCUUCAUAGAAUUUUGAGUCAUGAAGGUUUGAUGGUGAAAAGCCUUCAAGACAGGGAGAUUUUAAAUACAUUUUCUAAAACCAACACAAGGACUGUAAAAAAAAUGUUCACAUACGGAGGUAAUUAUCGGAGCUUCGAGUUAUCGAGAUUUAACUCGAGUUUUCUCGAGAACAUUCGUCAGCUUGAUAAACUUGACUGUUCUAAUUUCUAAUUACUGUGGAUUAUUCCUUGCCUUAAUUUUCAACGGACUAAUAAAUCAUAAGAAAUCCUGAAUGUUACUGAAAUACUGUCAUGAUUAACUGACAAAACGCUUCGAUCGUCAUUUUAGUGGCUUUCGGAAUAAAAGUGAAAGACGAUACCCG